AUGGCUGCCAUGGAGGGUUCGCCGAUGUGUAAUCUGGCCAUUCUGGACUCGUUAAGUGCGAACUCAGUCGGAAAAAUGGCGGAUAGCUGGGAUGCGUUUUGCCUGGCUACAGAAGCGCUACUCGGAGGCGACGAUGAUUUGUGGUUAGCUCCCGACUUUUUGUCGCACCUGAAGAAUCUCUGUGUUCAGGGGCUCCAAUCAUUAAUCGUGGAGCAGUUUCUUUGCUCCGUGGAGGAAAUAUUUGAGAAAAAUGCGGCAUCAAGGUUUUGGAAGCAUUUUGAUGGAUACAACGACUUUGCAGUUCUGGAUAUGGAAGACUCGGAUCAACAAGCUGAGUUGCUGAAUACACUGCAUAAGGCCUUGGAAGAGAUAUCAUCUGAAAAACAAUACCAGGAGAAGUGCCUCUCAAUGUUGGUUCAUGCUUUGAAUAUUUGCUUAGGUAUUAAGCCAGAGAAACAAGUGUAUCCAGAAGCAGAACGGAAAAAUUUAUUCUCCAAGUAUCAAUUAACAAUAUCUUCAGUCCUUAUGGUCAGUCUACCUCGACAUUUUUCAGAUAUACUUCAAUGGUACUUUAAGAGACAGUUAGAGGAGUUAAGUGCGAUGACGGUCACAGGCUGCGAGCAAGAUAACAAGUUGCAUAUUGAUGAUGGAAUGGACCUAGGGCAAAUGGAUAUUGAUGGAACUCAUACCCACAGAACCAUCCUUGGGAGCAACUUGAUAAGAAACAUAGGAAAGGUCGUCCGUGAUCUUAGGAGUCUUGGGUUUACCUCAAUGGCUGAGGAUGCCUAUGCAUCUGCCAUGUUUCUGUUGUUGAAGGCCAAAGUACAUGAGCUAGCCGGUGAUGAGUUUAGGUUCUCAGUGUUAGAGUCUAUUAAACAGUGGAUACAGGCUGUGCCGCUUCAAUUCUUACAUGCCCUUCUCGCGUACCUGGGUGAUUCUAAAAGUUGUGAAAGAUCUUCUUCUGACCUGAAAUCUCCAUUGGCAUCUAGUCCAUCUUUUAGAUGCUAUGGAGCUGACAUUCCUUCUGAGGGACUCGUACGGUGGCAGUUGCGCUUGGAAUAUUUUGCUUAUGAAACAUUACAAGAUCUGAGAAUAGCAAAGCUCUUUGAAAUUAUUGUGGAUUAUCCUGACAGUUCGCCUGCUAUUGAAGACUUGAAACAAUGCCUUGAAUAUACCGGGCAGCAUUCGAAGCUUGUUGAUUCUUUCAUAGCUGCUUUGAAAUACCGCUUGUUGACUGCUGGUGCGUCCACCAAUGAUAUACUGCACCAAUAUGUUUCAACUAUUAAAGCCCUUCGAACAAUAGACCCAGCUGGCGUGUUCCUUGAAGCUGUUGGUGAGCCAAUCAGGGAAUAUUUGAGGGGAAGGAAGGAUACUAUUAAAUGCAUCGUCACUAUGCUCACAGAUGGGGCUGGCGGGAAUCCUAGUGGGCCAGGAGGCAUCGGGGACAGCCUUCUUGAAGAAUUAAAUAGAGAGGAAGAAAACCAAGAGAAUUCUGGCCUUGAAGAUGAAUUCAACACCGAUGACAAGCAAGCAUGGAUUAAUGCCCAAAGUUGGGAGCCUGAUCCAGUGGAGGCAGAUCCCUUAAAAGGUGGCAGGCAUCGGAGGAAGGUUGACAUUCUCGGUAUGAUUGUUGGAAUAAUUGGUUCAAAGGAUCAGCUGGUGAAUGAAUAUCGUGUUAUGCUAGCUGAAAAGCUUCUGAAUAAAUCCGAUUAUGACAUUGACUCAGAGAUCCGUACCCUGGAACUCCUGAAGAUACAUUUUGGUGAGAGCAGCAUGCAGAAGUGUGAAAUAAUGCUUAAUGAUUUAAUUAAUUCAAAAAGGAUAAAUACAACUAUAAAAGCAAACAUCGAACAACUACCUAAGCAAGGUGCUGAGGAUGAGUUAUCUUUAAAUAAUCUCAAUGCUACCAUUAUAUCAUCAAAUUUCUGGCCACCUAUCCAGGAUGAGGAACUUAAUUUACCAGAACCAGUAAACAAGCUUCUAAGUGAUUAUGCUAAGAGGUUUAAUGAAAUCAAGACCCCUCGUAAGCUCCUCUGGAAGAAAAAUCUGGGGACUGUAAAGCUGGAGCUGCAAUUUGAAGACAAAACGGUGCCAUUCACAGUUACACCUCUUCAUGCUGCCAUCAUCAGUCAGUUUGAGGAUCAAACAAGUUGGACCUCCAAGAAUCUUGCUGCUGCUGUUGGAGUGCCUGUGGAUGUCUUGAAUAGAAGAAUACAUUUUUGGAUAAACAAGGGAAUCCUAACAGAGUCGGCACAUGACCCUGGAGACCGUAAAUUUACUUUGGUGGAAGCUUUGGCUGAGAAUGGAAAAGCUGGAGCUAAUGGUAACAGCUUUGAAGAGGUUCUGGGGGUUGAUGAGGAUGGAGACAGAUCAGUUGCAUCAGUGGAGGAUCAGCUUCGUAAAGAAAUGACUGUUUAUGAGAAAUUCAUCACAGGGAUGCUUACCAAUUUCGGCAGCAUGGCUUUGGAUCGGAUUCACAAUACUCUCAAGAUGUUUUGUACAAGUGAUCCUACCUACGACAAAUCACUCCAACAGUUGCAGAGCUUUUUGGCCGGCCUCGUCGCAGAGGAGAAACUUGAACUUAGAGAUGGAAUGUAUUUCCUGAAAAAAUAA